GACGCCAUGAUAACCAUGGGCAGGUUGAAGCUUCAGAUGUGCUACUGAGCAUGUGCAAACGGCAAUCCGCGCCGAAGAAAACCUGCCGGGAAUGCGACCCAGAGGACUUCUUGGCGUCUCUGCACAGCCCCUGGGCUGCAUCGUUGAGGAGGCCACAUGGGGUCCUUCCCAUCCCACCCGCCUCUCCUCAGCAGCUCUGGCUGGAGCCUCUAGAUGCCCACCCAGCUUCAGCUUCGAGGAAGAGUGGAGUUGUCAGCAGGAGGAGCCAAGAGUUGAAGCCCAGAGGAGACAUGCCUGCAGAUGGAACUUUGCCCCGGAGGCCCCAGGUUCUGGGCCUGGAAGAGCGUGAGGGAUCAGUGUCAUUCGAGGACGUGACCGUGCGUUUGAGCAGGGAGGAGUGGCAGCGCCUGGACCCUGCCCAGAGAUGCCUCUACUGGGAAGUGAUGCUGGAGAUCUACUGCCACCUGCUCUCAGUGGGGUGUCACGUUCCCUGCCCAGAGGUCAUCUUCAGGUUGGAAAAAGGAAAGGAGCCAUGGAUGGUGGAGGUUGAACUCCCACCUCAGGGCUGUCCGGGAAGAAACCAUUGAAUACAGAGAGGGAUUGUGAUAAUGAGGACCCUGGGAAAUACCUUUAUGAGAGGGGCUGUCUUAAUUCUUCACAAAAAAGACCUCAUAAAUGUGAC